CUACAUUACCCAGCAUUCCGCAGCAACAGUCCUUCCUGUGCGUGUCGCGUCUGUGAAAAGAGACAUGGCGAUUCGGUAUCCUAUGGCCGUUGGCCUCAAUAAAGGCCACCCGGUGACUAAGAACGUUACCAAACCCAAACAUAGCCGAAGGAGAGGGCGGCUGACCAAGCACACCAAGUUCGUGCGGGACAUGAUCCGUGAGGUGUGCGGCUUCGCACCCUACGAGAGACGCGCCAUGGAGUUGCUGAAAGUGUCCAAAGACAAGCGUGCGCUCAAGUUCAUCAAAAAAAGGGUGGGGACUCACAUCCGGGCCAAGAGGAAGAGGGAGGAGCUGAGCAACACCCUGGCAGCCAUGAGGAAGGCUGCCGCCAAGAAGGAGUGAAAUCUGUAUUAUACUGUGGGAAAUAAACGUUUGUAUUUCACAAAGA